CUACCCUAAUGAAUACAACUGAGCGAUCGUUCAAAACAGCUGAACUUCCCAGCAAUCAAACGCAAAAGUCGGUAUUACUGAAACAACAUGAAAAAUGUUGUGAAGAAAUUAUGACGCUUUAUGAUACAACUGCAGCAAGAGGUAACGAAGUUAUUCAAAGGUUACAGCAAUCGGAAAAACAUAAAGGCUCUAUUGAGGAGGUGGAGGACUCAAUGAAAAUUGUUGAUGAACGGAAAUACCAAUGGUUGGCAAAAUGGCACGAACAUAAAGACAGAUUGGAGGGAAGUUUACAGGACACUGUGAUUAAUAAAGAAAAGAUAGAGUUGCUACGUGAUCUUGGUACAAUUGAACGUGAGUUGAAGACAAUUGAAAAUGACUACGGAGACUCAAUUCAUUCAGUAACUCUAGUCGUUGAAAAGUGUGAAGAUAUCAUGAUAAACUUUGAGCCUCUGGAGAAAAGGUGCAAGACUUUCAUUAGCUCUGCCCACACGUGUAUGCAACAGAGGCCUUCUAGUGCUGCAGAUUAUGCAAAAGACAUAGAUGAAAUAAGCUCAUACUUAAGUACACUCCACAGACAAUUGAUUGAGAAGAAGAAGAAGCUAGAGAUUGCUGUAGAAGUCUAUGAAACUUAUGAACUGGCUGUUGAAUGGUACAAUGAGGGCAACAAGUUGUUAGUGGAAGUUGCUGGUGACAGCCAAACUAUCACAAAAUCUGAAGAAGCUAAUCAGCUACUAGAUCAAGUGGCAGAAUUCCUUCAAGAUGGUACAAAAAUUCAGGAAAGUAGGAUUGAAAAGAUCAACCAGCUUACUAAAGAACUCUAUGGAGGUAAACCACCACUAUUUGUGAGUGAAUUAACAUUCCAGAAUCAAGAAAUGUUAAAAGCAUUCAAUGAAAUUAAUGAUGAAGUUUUUGUGCUUGCUGAAAAACUGCAAGAAAGUGAAUACAAGGACAAGCAGGAAAAAAUGCAGAAAUUUCUGAUGGAAGUGCCAGAUGAAAGCAGCAAACAUGCUGUGGUACAACAGGAACCAGUUCCUGAAGAGAACCUAGCUCCAUUUGAAACUCCUUCUGAAUCCACUCAGAGUGUUCGUGAGAAGUUACCUGCUCCGCAUGGAAUACCAGUCAUCGAAGAACAACUUCAGAGAAAGUUUAUUGAGGAUGAUAAGAGUACCAAAGAGAUUAAGUGGCCAGGAAAAAUGGCUGAUGACUUAGACGUUGGUAUCACAGAGAUAACAAAGACCGAAGUUGAGUUUGUUCCAGCAAGAGUGCGUGAAGAGCUCCUAGAACAAGCCACUGUUCAGCAACCUCUUGAAUCAGUACAGUUUGAAACCUUGUUCCGUCCAAUAUCUAUGCAAGAUACUAGGCCUACAUAUGAAGAAACGAUUGAAACUUCAACUAGUGCUGUGAAACCUGUUUUGCCAUACUUCCCAAGGGUCAUCAGAGAUGUAGAAGCAACUGAAGGCAUAUCUACCGUAUUUGAAUGUAUUGUGAAGGGAGAACCAGAGCCAGAUGUAAUUUGGUUGAAAGACGGCAUCCAAAUAGAAGAUGGCCAAGGGGUAACAAUGGAGUUUGGAGAUGAUGAUAGUUGUACCCUGAUCUUUCCAUCAUGCCAACAAAAUCUAGCUGGCACCUACACAUGUAAAGCAUUCAAUGACCAUGGUGAUGCUACAUGCUCUGCUAUUCUUACUGUAAAAGAUGCGAUGAUUAAACCAGAGUUCAUUGAAGCUCCAACAAAACAGGUUGUUGAGGAAGGCUCACAAGCAAGCAUUACAGUUACAGUUGUAGGUGCACCAGUACCAUCUGUUUUUUGGCUUAAAGAUGGUCAUAACAUUGAUGAACUUCGUGAAGACCAAUACAGCCAUGUAAUAGAUGGAGAUACUCACACAUUGAACAUCUCUGAAGUAUCUGUUGAAGACCACAGCACUGUUACUUGUCAAGCUGUCAAUAAAGCUGGUGUCUCAAAAGUAGACAUACAGUUAGAGGUUAAAGAAAUUUUAAGUGCUCCUGUUUUCAUACAAGAACUAAAAUCCGUUUCUGUGGAUGAGUCGUCUAGCCACACAUUUAAAUGUUCUGUUACUGGUAAACCCAUUCCAAGUGUUAAAUGGUUUAAAGGUGAUAAUCUGAUAAAAGACAGUAAUAAAUAUACACUGGAUUAUACAGAUGGUGUAGCCACGUUGACUGUACAUGACGUAACAAUGGCUGAUUCAACUAUGUUUACUGCUGAGGCAAGUAAUUCUGAGGGUUUAGUUUCAUCCAGAGCUCAUCUUGGAGUUACAGAAAUAUUCAGUGCACCAGUUUUUGUGACCAAACUUAAGAAUGCUGUAGUAGAGGAAUCUUCAAGUCAUAGAUUUGAAUGUUUUGCCAUUGGUAAACCAACACCAACUGUUAAAUGGUUUAAAGACACGAAACAAAUAGAGGAGAGUAAUAACUAUAAGAUGGUUGUUAUCAAAGGGGUUGCUAGCCUGAUUAUUAAUGAAGCAAGCAUUGAGGAUUCGACCACCUUUACCGCUGAAGCCAGCAAUACACUAGGCAAUGUCACAACAUCUGGCAGGCUAAACGUUAAAGAAAUAUUGCGGGCACCAGUAUUUUUUGAGAAACCUAAAGAUGCAGUAGUAGAUGAAUCCACCAGCCACCGGUUUGAAUGCUUUGUGACGGGCAAGCCAACCCCCACAUUAAGGUGGUACAAGAAAAGUGAGUUGCUGAGGGAAAGUCAUAGAUACAAGAUGGAAUAUAAAGAUGAUAUUGCUAGUCUCACAAUCGUUGAUGUGACAAUGGAUGACUGUAAUACAUUCACUGCAGAAGCAAGUAACUCACAAGGUAUUGUGAAAACAUCAGCUGUGCUAGAGGUCAAAGAAAUGUUCAGUGCACCAGUUUUUGUGACCAAACUUAAGAACGCUGAAGUAGAGGAAUCUUCAAGUCAUAGAUUUGAAUGUUCUGUCAUUGGUAAACCAACACCAACUGUUAAGUGGUUUAAAGACUCAAAACAAAUAGAGGAGAGUAAAAACUAUAAGAUGGUUGUUAUCAAAGGGGUUGCUAGCCUAAUUAUUAAUGAAGCAAGCAUUGAGGAUUCAGUCACCUUUACUGCUGAAGCUAGCAAUACACAAGGCAGUGUCACAACAUCUGGCAGCCUGCAAGUUAGAGAAAUAUUGCGGGCACCAGUAUUUUUUGAGAAACCUAAAGAUGCAGUAGUAGAUGAAUCCACCAGCCACCGGUUUGAAUGCUUUGUGACGGGCAAGCCAACCCCCACAUUAAGGUGGUACAAGAAAAGUGAGUUGCUGAGGGAAAGUAAUAAAUACAAGAUGGAAUAUAAAGAUGAUAUUGCUAGUCUCACAAUAGUUGAUGUGACAAUGGAUGACUGUACUACAUUCUCUGCAGAAGCAAGUAACUCACAAGGUAUUGUGAAAACAUCAGCUGUGCUAGAGGUCAAAGCAAUUUUAAGUGCACCAGUAUUUAUAGAAAAACUAAGAGAUGUUGAAGUUAAUGUAUCGUCAACCCAAAGAUUAGAAUGUCUUGUCACUGGUAAACCAACUCCCACAGUCAAGUGGAUGAAAGGUGACCACCUGUUGGAAGAUAGUUCUAAAUAUAAACAGGAUUAUAGUGAUGGUGUAGCCAGUCUGAUAAUCAAUGAUGUGUCAAUCACAGAUACAGCAAUCUUUACUGCUGAAGCCAGCAAUUUCAAAGGCACCGUUAUCUCCUCUUCUCAUGUGAAAGUUACAGAACCAAAGAAGCAUGUGCCAGCUCCUCGUUUUAGCCUUCCGUUAAGCAAUGUUGACGUAGAUGAGGGCGUGCCAUGCAAGUUAUCCUGUUUUGUCAUUACUGAGAGCAAACCAACAAUCAACUGGUUUAAAGAUCACAAGCCUAUUGAUGAUAGUGGCGACUUUGAGCUUACAUAUGAACAGGGAAUGUGCUGCCUCUUCAUUCGAGAAACAUUUACAGAAGAUACUGGGCAUUACAGCUGCAAAGUAACAAACGAGGGUGGAGAAGCUAAGACCUCUGCUUAUCUCACUGUUGAAGCUCUACCAGAAGAUGAUUCAAGUGCACCUCAUUUUGUGACUAAGCUAAGUGAUGUCAAAAUGUCAUCAGGAGAGAGGUUGGAGUUAACUUGCAGAGUUUUUGGCAAUCCUGAACCAAUGGUCACAUGGUUUCAUAAUGGAAAUCAAGUGGAGGAGUCAGAAAAUAUUAAGAUAAUUGAGGAUGAGGAGAAGCAUAUGCUGGUGAUAAGGGAGGUAUCACCUGACCACAGUGGCACAUAUGUAGCUCGUGCCAGUAACCAUGUAGGAGAAGAUACAACUGUGUCAAAUAUCAUUGUUGAACAGCUUCACACAAGUACAAGUGGCAUUGUCAUAGAACCUCGUCCCAAACCAGCUGCUCCCACUGUCCUGGAACAACCACCAAAAAGUGUGCAGGUUGUUGAAGGGGAAAGUAUCACUAUCAAUGUCCACAUCACGGGCUUCCCAACACCUAAGGUUUUCUGGUACAAAGAUGAAGUUAUAGUUGAAGAAACAGAAGAGAUAAGAAUAGUAGAGGAUAAGCACAGGUGCAGCCUUGUAUUCAGUCCAGCUCGACACUACCAUUCUGGGUUGUAUUUAUACAAAGCAGCCAAUACCCAUGGUGCACUUACUGGUACUUGUAGGAUUCACAUUGAAGAUCAUACAACAACCUCAGUGACAUACCCUAAAGGUCCGACAUUUAUCCAGCCAUUAAUGGAGUCAGUUUCACCCGUUGCGGGUGACACAAUCAGAAUCCAGUGUAGGAUAAAAUCAUUAACUCAACCACAGAUUCGUUGGACAAAAAAUUCUCGUACCAUUACUGAAACCUCUCGUGUGCGUGUGACACAAGAAGAAGAUAUGUACUGCCUGAUAAUCAUUCAUGUAAAACCUACUGAUGCUGGAAUCUACAAGAUUGCAGCGACCACUCCGCUGGGACAAAUAGAAUCAUCAACCGUCAUAGAUGUCAAAGAACCUCAAAUUGUAGCACCCAUGUUCAGUAUUCUUUUGCGUGAUCUACAUGUGACUGAAGGUGAUGAGGUCAGAUUUGAUUGCCAGGUUGAGGGUCAACCAAUCCCAGAUGUUACCUGGUACAAGAGAGAUGAGAUAAUAGAAGAUGACUCAGAUUUCAAGAUAAUUGUUAAUGAGGACCGUCAUAGUUUGUUAAUUAAGGAAGUAUUUUCUGAUGAUAGUGGAUUGUAUAAAGUGGUAGCCAGUAACACUGCUGGUCAAGCUACUUCACAAGCAGAGCUCAUUGUGGAAUGUGCUCCACAUGUGAUGAGAAACCUGGUGGAUGUAGAAGUGAGAGAGGGAGAAUCUACUCAGUUUGAAUGCAUCAUCAGUGGUAACCCCUCACCUAGUAUCACCUGGUUGCUCAAUGAGAACCCUGUGUUGCAUGACUUCAUUGCAGAAUCUGAUGGUGAAAGGCAUCGACUUGUCAUACCAGAGGUAUUCAGUGAUGAUGAUGGUCUGUAUACCUGUAUAGCAGAGAAUUACUUAGGACAGGCCAGUACACAAGCUUAUCUGAAGGUCAAAGAAGAAAUAAGAAAAGAGAUUGAAUGUGAGACAAUAGAGAGGACUGAAAGCAAGACUGUUUCUCACACACGUGUGAGCUUGGAGAACAGUAUGCCAGCCCAAGAACCACCUCAAUUUAGCCAGUCGCUGAAGAGUAUCAACACUACUGAAGGGCAGCCAGUAGCGUUUGAGGCUCAUGUGACAGGCGAUCCGGAACCGACCGUGACUUGGUUCCGUGACAAUAUUGAUGUGUCCAAAUGUCCUGAUUAUGACAUCACAAUCAAAGAUGGUGUAUGUUGUUUAAAAAUUGAGGAAGCUUUUCCCGAGGAUGCUGGCAAGUUUAAAGUGGUGGCUGAGAAUGCCAUUGGAAAAGCAUCAUCGACUGCCAACCUGCUGGUUGAAGGUUUGUUAAAGGACGCUUUGCAUGCUAUUUAGUGUCUGUAUGUCUGCAUGCGUAUCAAUUAUAGAUUUAUUUUCUGUUAUGCUAACACUUCUAUAUAUAAACACUAUUGUUCACCGCAGCAGUAUACUACACAUUGUUGUCAAUACCGUACUCGCAUGAAUAAGCGCCCGGGCGCUUAAAAUAUUUUUUGCACUUUCUGAGGGGUGCUUAUUCAAACAGGGCGCUUAU